AUGAAAAACAACAAAAGUAAAGGGGGAAAUAAAAAGAAAGACCAAAGCGCAAAGGGCAACGGUAUUACCCAUGAUAAUAAUUGGGACUGCCCCCUAAUUUCCCUCCAACAUGGGGAUGGUAAGGACAAGCAGAAUGUGGAAGCCGGAGAAGGCAACCAUGAAAAGGUAACUCAACAGGAAGACCAAAAAAAACCUUGCAGUGAUCAUCAAACUGCAGAUAACAAUUUUGAAGGAGCUAAAAUUAUAAACGGCAGCUCGUCUUCCCUGUGCCAACCUAUGGAGGUUGCCCCCUCAGGAAAAAAGGUGGAAUACCCCCAAAAGGAAAGCAAUAGGAAGAAGGCACAAAAAGGAAAGACGAUCAUCAAAAAGGGGGUCGCUGCGUCGGGUGAUAUGAAUAGACAGAGCGAAAAACAAAGCAAUAAUAACAAAAAGAGGAAUAAACCGAGCACUGGGGGAAAUGGCAAAAGGGGGGUGGAAAAAGAGAUGCAAGAGGAAGAAAAAAAUAAGACGAAAGAGCAGUCUGCAUGCGUAGAAGCGCCUCCCAUUAAGGAACAACCCAUCAUAGGGAAAGGCAUAGCGCAAAUUAGGGAAGAAGAAGAUGCUGCAAUAAUCUCACCAGAUCACCAAAUUUUGGAGAGCGAACUGAAAAGUGAAGCAGGCAAAGAGUGUGAAGACCCCCACGGGGACACCGAAAAUGCCAGUGGAAUGAAAAUUAAUAUAUAUAAAAAGAGGAAAAUAAGGAAAAAAGGCGAAGUGGAUGGGGAAAGCGGAACGAGUGAGAAAAAUGAAACAAGCAAUCAGCGCGAAAGGAAGGAUAACCAAGGAAUCACUUCACAGCCAGACACGAUCAACGACGAACGUAAGGAUCCCCUCGAGACAACAAGUUUGAUCGAAAAAAAACAGAAAAAAACUGCUAGCAAAAGCGAAGCAGGAAAUAAACCAAAGGGAGCAAAAAUUUCUCUGAGCGAAGAAGAAACAAAAGAAAAAAUUUACAAAUAUAUGAAGCAAAUGAAUAGGCCCUAUUCAGUCAUCAAUGUGUACGACAACCUACAUGGAACCAUCAGCAAAAACGUCGUCCAAAAACUAAUGGACGAAUUGAGUACAGAAGAAAAACUCCAAUGUAAGGAGUAUGGGAAAGCCAAAGUAUAUCUUGUCAAUCAAGGGGAAUUUAAAAGCCUAAAUAUGGAGGAAAUGGAAAAAUUAAAAAAGGACAUGGAAAUUAUGAGAGAGCAAACUGAAAUAGCCAAAAAUGAUUUUAACCAUUUUGUAAAAAUAAAAAAAAAGGUCAUUCAAGAUUUAGAGCUAGUGGAAAAUGCGGAUAAAUACAAUGAGGAGUUCCACUUAGUUGAGGAAGAAAUAAAAAUGUACGAAGAGACAAAUAAAGCAUGCAAGCUAACUACAGACGAAAUUGAUCUGAUUAAAAAGAAGCAUGGCUACUUGCACGCCAUGUGGCUUAAGAGGAAAAAUCUUUGUGUGGAAAUAAUUAAGUGCAUUGCUACCUUAACGGAUAAAGACACCAAGGGCAUCAUCUUCCACUUGGGCAUCGACGUCGACGAGGACGUGGUCCCCCCCAACUUGUACUUCUAG